AUGGCAGAAGAGAAAGGCAAGCUUGAAUCUCUCAGGGAAUGGGUCGUCGAGCACAAGCUUCGUACCGUCGGGGCGCUAUGGGCGAGUGGGAUCGUGGGCUCUCUUGCGUAUAACUGGUCUCAACCCAAUAUGAAAACCAGUGUUAAGAUUAUUCAUGCAAGGUUGCAUGCUCAAGCACUUACACUCGCUGCCUUGGCUGGGGCUGCCGUUGUAGAGUAUUAUGACAACAAAUCGGGAGCAAAAGCAGAGCGCGUUGCCAAAUUCUUGGAUCACAGGGAAUAA